CGGGACGCUCCGGAAAACGUUUUUAAAAUUGCAGACGUAUUGGCACAGUUGAGCCAGUCGGACGAUAACCUCGAACUUGGCGUAGUUUUCAACGCACUGGUCAGCAUUUUCUCCAUUGACCCGAAGGAAACCAUUCGUGGUAUUUUCGGCCAGGUGCAACAAAAUGAGCAAGAAAUAAUUCGCGAGCGUUGCUUGAAAUUUAUGACGGCGAAGAUGCAAGUUUGGAUCGAAGGUGGGAGUAUGACGAAAGAAGUUGAAGAAGUUAUCACUCAAGAAGCUCGCAAGUGUCUACCCGACUUGAACGCCAACGAAUUCCUCAUUCUC